AUGCAAGACAAUACUUCUCAAGAUACUCGUCCACAUUAUCCCUUCGAGCAUGUCGAAUCACCUGCACAUCCAUUGUCAUCUCAUCGUCAUAAUGUGAAAAGAGAGGAUGAUACAGAUAUGAGCGACUUUCAGCCCCCUCAUAUUUCCGAUAAAUUAAUCGGCCUCUUAUCCAAAUGGGGCUGGGCGUCAGCUGAAUCUGAAGGUCAUUCUGAAUCGAGAAAGGGCUUGCCAGGUCAUGGUUCUCCAGAUCCUACGACCCAAUCUCGUCCACAAGACACAGAUUUGCCCUCAUUUGAGUCUGAUCAGACGCAAAAAACCACAGUAACAAACAAAUCAGCGGAUGAAGCAUCCCGAUUAUCUUUUGCAGAAAAGUAUGGGAAAUUCAACAAAAUCCUCCAUUACGGGGACUCCAAUACUGUUCAAUUGUACGAAAAGAAACUACCAGCUUUAGCCCAAUCCAUACCUCCAGCAAAGAAUGCGCCCGGCAGUAUGAUGGCAAGAUUGAGACGAGCUUCUACAUUCAAUACAAUUAGAGAACUUUAUGCAGUGAAAGUGUUUCACCACGCUCAAAAGACCCGGCUUUCACUACCCAGUUCGCUUCAAACUGGAACCCAAACGGUCGCACUUGACCACCCUAACAUUGUUCCAAUCCUUGACAUUCUCUAUAAUGAGCAAGAUAACCUUUGCCUUGUCAUGCCCUACCUUUCUGGCGCCAGCUUGCAUUCCUUUCUUGCUCACAAAAAGAGACGAAAGGAGAGUCUCCUACCCGAAGAGGCAAACUGCUUGGCUAUACAACUCCUACGCGCAGUGGCAUUCUUACAUGAAAACGAUAUUGCCCACGGCGACCUAAGGCCCGAACAUGUACUGCUCACAUCUCAGGGUGCAGUAAAGCUAGGUGGUUUUGGUGAAGACCAAGACGCGAUUCAAGGGCUUAUGCAACGAUCACAUGGCGACAGUCCCACAUCAACUUCGGUAUCAAGCCCUAACUCAGCUUCGGCCUCUAGACACAAGCCAAAUUUGUGCCUUCGGAGAAAGCUCUUGGAUUCAAGUGCACCUUAUCUUCCGCCGGAGAGGCUUCCUGGUCGCCAUGGUUCUCGCCGGCAAAGCUAUACAAAGCAAGACGUCUCGGAUAUGAAAACGGGCGAUAUAUGGGCAUGUGGCAUAAUCUACAUGGUCCUACGAUCUGGUCGGCUUCUCUGGCAGAGCGCACAGAGAGCCAACGAAUCCUUUGCUUAUUAUCUCCACUCUCGCCUGGACGAAGAUGGAUAUAGCCCCAUUCAGGUUUUGGAAAAUGUAAGUCACUCCUAUCAUCUGUCUCUAGUAAAUAGGAAAUGUAUCUAA